CCCGGGAGCGCGCCCCAGGCUGUGCUGAGCAGUAGCGCUAGUAGUGUGCGGGGCUCGGUAAAAGGGGCGACUGAGCGCGCUCUUUGUUGUCACCUCAACCCAACAUGGCCAUCGCCCACAUUGCCACCGAGUACGUCUUCUCAGACUUCCUGCUCAAGGAGCCGCCCGAGUCCAAAUACAAGGGGCUGCGACUGGAGCUGGCCGGGGACAAGAUCGUCUCCUGUAUAGGAGUGGGGCUCCCCCUUCUCCUCAUAUCGCUGGCGUUCGCCCAGGAGAUCACCAUGGGUGCUCAGAUCAGCUGCUUCGCCCCCAGCACCUUCUCCUGGAGACAGGCUGCCUAUGUGGACUCCUUCUGUUGGGCCGCCGUCCAGCAGAAACAUUUGUCACACAGCGAGGCGGGGAACAUCCCUCUGUGGCUUCACAAGUUUUUCCCAUAUAUUCUGCUGCUCGUGGCAAUAAUAAUGUACCUGCCCACCUUAUUCUGGAGGUUCACAGCGGCUCCUCAUCUCUGUUCUGAUCUGAAAUUCAUCAUGGAGGAACUGGACAAGUCUUACAACAGGGCCAUCAAAGCUGCCAACAGCAUAACCAGCAAGAGGGACGGCGCCAGCUCCCCAGUGAUAAAUGACAGCAUGGCACAGAGCGCGUGGGAGAUUUCAGAAAGCCACUUCAAAUAUCCAUUUGUCGAGCAGUAUCUCAAGACGAAGAAGAGCUCUUAUCACCUAAUAAUCAAGUACCUCAUCUGUCGCUCUCUGACAUUGACAAUUAUCCUGCUGGCUUGUAUCUACCUCGGCUAUUACAUCAGCCUCUUUUCUUUGACCGAUGAAUUCAGCUGCAACAUCCGAACCGGAAUCUUAAAAAACGACACCACAUUGCCCUCCUUAAUACAAUGCAAGUUGAUUGCGGUCGGAGUCUUCCGGUUGCUCAGUUAUAUCAACCUAAUUGUGUAUUCUGUAAUGAUGCCCGUUGUGGUGUACAGCAUGCUGGUGCCAUUUAGGAAAAGGUCCAACGUUCUCACAGUGUACGAGUUACUCCCUACCUUCAGUGUCUAUCAGUGCCCCUCCAAAAACUAUGAUGACCUCAGCCUGUUCCUUCUGUUCUUGGAGGAGAAUGUCAGUGAGCUGAAGUCCUACAAGUACCUCAAAGUGCUGGAAAAUCUGAAGGGUACAGGAGAGGACUUUGAUACCAUGCAGCUCCUGACAUCGCUAGGAACUGUGAAGACAGACACGGUUGAUGGCAAAAAAUCCGGAUUUAAAACUGGAGCUUUACCUCCUGCAGGAAAGGACUCUACAGAGCUGAAAGCACCGAAGCAAGUUAGGAGGAGGAGGGGGAUGUUAUGGUUUUGAGAGAACAUGUCAAAGCACCUGCUGAGGAGGAGGAGGAAACUGUGGGCCAGUCCCCAAUGGAGCUGCCUGGUCUAGAGGAGUCCUUGGUGGAAGAAGCAUCACUGGUUCCCAUCCAAUCCUAGGCACAACAGGAUACUAAUACUCUUGUAGUGCACAGGUCAAGUAGGCACCGCCAAACAGGAGAGCUCCAUCGAUGGAAGAUGACGGCACUAGGCAGCUGCUCAGCAUUGUUUCUGGAAUUUCAGAACAAAUGGAGGCACAAUGCUGCCCUCACACAUUGUUUGUAAUGAGUUUGGUUCCUCUACUAAAAGAUGUCCCAGAGGAAAAAUAUUUUGCUAUGAGAAUGGCGAUCUAGCAGUGCAUACACUCCUUCUGUGUUCCCAGACAGCUGUCCUCGAACAUGGUGGAAUCAACUUUUGACCAUCUAUUGUCCUCCCAUUCUCCUCCACCCCAAAAAGCACCAAACCCUUACCCUUCGAGUUUUGACACUGUACCCAGUAUUGAUGAAAUAAAUGCUUCAGGCAGCCGUCUCCUAAUCCUACUGUGAUUUCCCCUGUCAGGCCUCUCAGUAUCACACCUCCAAUGCCCCCCACCAAUUCAUAAUUCUCCAUAAACAGCAGACCUCCCAAGCUACACAUUGCAAAGCAUUCAACAUCAAGGGAAGCCCAUAGCAGCAACUAUUAUACCCCAAUAUCCACUUCUUUUCCUCAAAUCGCCUCUCAAACUCCAUUAAUGGCUCAGAUGUACUCGGCGAAUUCUCCAGUGGCCACUAAUAUGCCUCCAGUGGCCUCAAAAAUUCCUCCAGUGCCCUCUACCAUACCUGGAAUGGCCUCAACUGUGCAUCAAAUUGAUUGUCAAUAUGGCCCCUAAACCAAACAAACAUUCUUUUUUUACUUGAGUGCACCCUUGCCUCAAUACUCUGAAGUCCCUGGGCCAAGGUCUGAUGUUGCUGUCAACGCACAUUACAAUGUGCAAAACAUUUCUGAAAAGGAUGCCGAGACAUUUUAUAAUCUGUAAAGACUAUUGUUUUAUUAUGCAUGUGGUUAUUACUGAUAAUGUUGAAUGUGAAUAUUAAUGUAGUUUGUUAUUUUAAUAAAUCUAAGUUCUCAUGGAUGUUUGCAGCCCUUUUUGGCUAUUUUGGUUUUCUACAAAAAUGUAUAAAAUCAAAAAAAUAUUACUAUAAUAUACUAUACUUUGCGGUGGUUUCCUUUUUUCAAUGAGAAUCGGUACUAUGGCCAUAAUCUGUGAUUUGACAUAUCAUUUACAAAAUAUGUUGACAAAAGAAGUAAGAUUACAUAGAUACGGGAAGAUGUAUCAGAUGAGGAAGCGAGUGAAAGGGAGGAUAA